GCCCACUUCCAAGAUGGCGGGCACAGCCUCGGACGCGCGGGGCGGGGCCGCGACAGGCGGCCAGGGCACCCCAGGCCAGCAGGCAGAAUGCUGCGGAAGGCGCUGGGCCGCAUUCCGGUACGGCUGGGCGGCGUGCGGCCUUGGGAACCCGGCCUGAGGAGGCUGUGGGUCCGCCCAGCCCACCCGGAGGCCGCGGGGAGACGGCGGGCCUGGGCCUGGGGCCGAGGCUGGCGACACUUAAGCUGCGGGCCAGAGUCCGCGGCAGGGCUGGGGCGUUUAGAGGCGACGCACUACCAGCUCGUCUACACCUGCAAGGUCUGUGGGACUCGGUCCUCCAAGCGCAUCUCCAAGCUGGCCUAUCACCAGGGUGUGGUCAUUGUGACCUGCCCGGGCUGCCAGAACCACCACAUCAUCGCAGACAACCUGGGCUGGUUCUCCGACCUGGACGGGAAGAGGAACAUUGAAGAGAUCCUGGCAGCCAGAGGGGAGGAAGUGCACCGGGUGGCCAUCGAGGGGGCCCUGGAGCUGAUUGUGGAGAUGGCAGGGGCCCCCAAGUCCCCUGUGGGCCUGAAAGAGGGUGACAGUGAGGAUCCCACUCACGCUGGUGAGAUGGAGCGGAGCUGAUUCCACGUCCCCAUGCCUGUGUGGCCUUCAUCGGAGACACUUGGUUCCUCUGGGCCUCUUGGACACAGUCUGGCCCGUCAGUAAAGCUCGCCUCUGCUCGUG